AUGUUUAAACUUAUGGACCACGACAAAAUAACUGUAAAAACAAUCGAGGAUAAAAAUCGGAAUGCUGAAAUUAGGCUUGUUAAAAUUAGUGAUGAAAACAGACGCCAUCAUCUUAACCAAAACCAAUCUUAUCCAGAAACUAGUGAAUCAGAUAAACUCAAAUCAUUAAUCAAACAAACCCUGGGAUUAGAUUCAACAGCGGCAACAUUACGCCCAAUACUCAGCGAGCAACAACAAAUGAGAUUGUCGUCUGUUACGUUGGAAAUGCUAAUGGAACGUGAAGAGAUUGACAUCCAUCCCUAUGGAAGAGGUGGAAUUUAUGAAGGCAUAUUAUACAGAAAUAGAGCAGAAGAACAGAUUGAUAUGAUCUCCGCAUUCAUCUGGUUCAUUUUCGUCAGUUCAGUCAUCAUGAUGGCUGGAUCAAUUGUUUUUGUAUCAGGUAAAUUGAAUGUGUAA